ACUGUAGAGUGCACUGUAUCCUGUGUUGAUACAGUGUUCAGCUAACCUUUGUUUUUUUAUAAUUAAGUGUACGAAAUUAAUUAUAAAAUGAUAAAAUCCAUUUUGCAAUCAGCGAUACGUCCUUUCGCGAGGUCAAUGAUUUUGCCUGUGGAAAAACUUGCUGUAUUACCUGUAAAUAACUUAGUUGAUGCUAGAAGAAUUCAUUUAACCUCAAAUGUGGAAAAGGAUUUAAAAGUGGGUAGAGAAAAAUUUAGAAUCAAGCAAGCGAAAAGUAGUACUGUUGCUGGUGAGGAUAGUUCUGAAAUGCCUCUUGUUCCUGGAACAAUCAAAUUAUUUCCUGACGCUACUACGGCAACCACACUGUUUAAUAAUGUACCCUAUAAUAGGCUGCACAUUGUUAAUAUAAAAGUAACUAUGAAUAAUACAAUAAUGACUGUUACCGAUUACAGAGGAGUAGUGAUGAUUUUGCAUUCUGCUGGUUGUGAAGGUUUUAAAAAUUCAAGGAGGGGUACUAAUGUUGCAGCACAGCAAACUGCUUAUAUAGUUGGACAGCGUGCUCUUGAUGAAGGAAUUAAAACGGUUAGGGUAAGAAUUCAGGGUCUGGGAGCUGGUAGAGCGGGUGCUUUAAAAGGUAUUCAGCUGUCAGGAUUAAAAGUUGCUUCUCUCACAGAUGAUACUAGGGUGUCAUGGAAUCCACCAAGACCGAGAAAACAAAGAAGGAUAUAAUUCAUUAAAUGUAACAUGAAAUGUUGAAUAAAUUAAUUUAUAUUGAUGAACA